UUCAACACCAGAGAAACUGAAACACUUUGUACUUGAGAAUGUUUUCGUAGGAAACGGUGAUGAGUUCGUUGAGAUUAUCAAUUCCAUUGGACGCUUUCGACUCAAAAAGGUUUCAUUUUUCCUCAACUAGAACUUUCAUUAUAAGUUCUCCGAUCAUUGUCAGUAAAACUAGAGUCGCUCGUCUCGAUACUGAAGCAAACGAGGCUAAGAAUGCCACUAAUUCUCAUUCUUCCAUCGAUAAUGAGUCUCUAAGUGGUGGGAGAAAACUGAAAAGUGGAAACAGUGUCACGACUGGUGACAAGAGAGGGAUAAAGAAAGAUGUAGCUCCAAAGUUCAGUUUCAGAACCAAAAGCAACGAACUUGAGCUUGAUGAGGGUUUGUUUGUGAACAACGAUGUUAACUACUCUGCUUUAAAGCCAGGUUUGAGUUUAGACCAUUACAACGCUAUACUAAAACGUCUUGAGAGUUGUAGUGACACUAAUGCCCUCAAGUUCUUUGAUUGGAUGAGAUGUAAACGAAAGUUAGAAGGUAACGUUGGAGCUUACAGUUUGAUUCUCAGAGUCUUAGCGAGGAGACAAGAAUGGGACCGAGCUGAGGAUCUCAUCAAAGAGCUGUGUGGAUCUCAGGGGUUUCAACAGAGCUUUCAAGUCUUCAACACUGUUAUAUACGUCUGUUCUAAAAAAGGGAAUGUGAAAUUAAGUUCAAAGUGGUUUCAGUUGAUGUUGGAGUUAGGUGUUAGACCUAAUGUGGCUACAAUAGGUAUGCUCAUGGGUCUUUAUCAGAAGAACUGGAACGUUGAUGAAGCGGAGCUCGCAUUCUCUCAUAUGAGGAAGUUUGGGAUUGUGUGUGAAUCUGCUUACUCAGCGAUGAUAACGAUCUACACUCGUUUGAGAUUGUAUGGUAAAGCAGAGGAAGUUAUAGAGUUAAUGAAAGAGGAUAGAGUGAAGUUGAACCUUGAGAAUUGGUUAGUGAUGCUCAAUGCUUAUUGUCAGCAAGGGAAAAUGGGGGAAGCUGAAUCUGUGUUGGUUUCUAUGGAAGCAUCAGGUUUUGCUCCCAACAUCAUUGCGUACAAUACUCUUAUCACUGGUUAUGGUAAGGUUUCUAAAAUGGAGGCUGCGCAGAGUUUGUUCCACCGGUUUUGUGAUCUUGGGUUGAAACCAGAUGAGACAACUUAUAGGUCAAUGGUUGAAGGUUGGGGCCGUGCUGGGAACUACGAGGAAGCAAAGUGUUACUAUCAAGAGCUGCAGAGGUUGGGAUAUAAACCCAAUUCAUCAAAUCUCUUUACGUUGAUUAAUCUGCAGGCCAAGUAUGGAGACAACGAAGGUGCUAUCAAGACUAUUGAAGAUAUGGUUAAUGUUGGAUGCCAAUAUCCUUCGAUCCUUGGUAUCAUCCUGCAGGCUUAUGAGAAGGUUGGGAAGAUUGAUGUAGUGCCUUACAUUCUCAAAGGUUCUUUUCAUAACCAUAUCCGUUUAAACCAGACUUCUUUCUCCAUUCUAGUUAUGGCUUAUAUCAAACAUGGUAUGGUUGAUGAGUGCUUAGCGAUGCUGCAAGAGAAGAAAUGGAGAGACUUAGCUUUUGAGUCACACUUGUAUCAUCUGUUGAUUUGCUCUUGCAAGGAAUCUGGUAGACUUCAUGAUGCUGUUAAAAUAUAUAAUCAUACUAUGGAAUCUAAUGUGGAGAUUAAUCUUCAUAUUACAUCUACAAUGAUUGAUAUUUACACUGUGAUGGGCGAGUUUGGUGAAGGGGAGAAGCUUUAUUCGAAGUUGAAAUCUUCAGGAGUUGUGUUGGACAGGAUUGGAUUCAGCAUUGUGGUGCGGAUGUACAUGAAAGCAGGAUCUUUGGAAGAGGCCUGUUCUGUUCUAGAGAUCAUGGAUGAGCAGAAAGACAUUGUUCCCGAUGUGUUCAUGUUUCGAGAUAUGCUUCGGUUAUAUCAGAAGUGUGGUCUUCAGGAUAAGCUCCACGAGUUAUACUACAGGAUCCGGAAAAGCGGGAUCCAUUGGGAUCAGGAGAUGUAUAACUGUGUUAUAAACUGCUGUGCACGUGCUCUUCCUCUUGAUGAACUCUCGAGAACUUUUGAGGAGAUGAUCAGGUGUGGUUUUACUCCUAAUACAGUCACGUUCAAUGUCCUCCUUGAUGUUUAUGGUAAAGCCAAGCGCUUCAAAAAGGUCAAUGAGCUUUUCUUGUUGGCAAAAAGAUACGGAGUUGUGGAUGUGAUAUCUUACAACACCAUUAUAGCAGCAUACGGACAGAACAGAGACUUCACAAACAUGUCAACAGCGAUUAGGAAUAUGCAAUUCGAUGGGUUUUCUGUAUCUCUUGAAGCUUAUAACUCUAUGCUGGAUGCAUAUGGGAAAGACAAACAGAUGGAGAAAUUCAGAAGCAUCUUGAAGAGAAUGAAGAAGUCUACUUGUGAGACUGAUCAUUACACAUAUAACAUCAUGAUCAAUAUCUAUGGAGAGCAAGGCUGGAUCGAUGAAGUCACGGAUGUGCUGAGGGAGCUGAAAGAAUCUGGACUUGGUCCUGACUUGUGUAGCUACAACACGUUGAUAAAGGCGUAUGGUAUAGGUGGGAUGGUUGAAGAAGCUGUUGGGUUGGUGAAAGAGAUGAGGGUGACAGGGAUAACACCUGAUAAAGUUACUUACACCAAUUUGGUCACAGCUUUGCGCAGGAACGAUGAGUUUCUUGAGGCUAUUAAAUGGUCGUUGUGGAUGAAGCAAAUGGGUAUAUAGAAGAAAAAAAACAGAGUUUUCCAUACACAUAGCUGGUUCUAUAUUUCAAUGCUUUUGUCUAUAGUCGCUGCUUCUUUUAAGGCAUGCAUGUACAAUCUGAUCAGUGAUGAUUAAUAGUCAAUGAAUAAGUCUCAUUCUUCAAAGAGUGGAGUAGCUUUGUUGAAAGUUGAUUCCUGAUACUUCACAAGUGUGAUAAGAGAAAUAUUUACAAGACAUUAUAGUUGUCAUUUGUAUAUAAUAUGGUUUCUAUUGGUUACUUGCA